GACAGCGGCGUCCAAAACGUGACUCAUGUGACAGAGGUAGGUCACUCUUCUAGCGAGAGUAAGAGGGGUUUAUUUAACACGGAGCUCUAGUGUCCUCCCCCACUUUCCCAACGCGCAACCAAGAUUAGUGCAUCUUCAUGGCUACCUCUUGACUGACUUCGUGGAGACCUCCGGGACAAUUUACUCCCAUUCUGCGACAAAUAUAAUAAUAACAACAAUUGAAAUAUAAAGGAAAAUACAUUUUCUCUAGAUAUUGUUAAUCUCGAGUUAGUAGGAAUACUGAACGAUUUUUGUGAAAGAAUUUAAGGACGAUUUACUUGUAUUAAAUUUCAUAUGCAUCCUUGAGUGAAUACAUUGUAAAAACAAGCUUGCCCUUUCGUGAUUAGUUUGGAGUAGGCCUAAAGAUAAUGCAAAUGGAAAGGAUUCAAAGGGCGCAACCCCCUCCCAAGUACCAGCAGGCUGAGCUGUCUGACAUGCAAGGGAUGGAUUUCCCUAUAUAUGUAUACAAAUCCCGUCGGGGAAUGAAACGAGCAGAGGAGUGCAAGGAAAACUACAAACUACCUCAUCGACUUAUUGAGAAGAAAAGGCGAGACAGGAUAAACGAGUGCAUCGCUCAGUUGAAAGAUUUAUUGCCUGAGCACCUGAAACUUACAACUCUUGGCCAUCUGGAGAAGGCUGUGGUUUUGGAGCUCACGCUCAAGCAUGUGAAAGCCCUCACCACUCUACUGGAAAACCAGCAGCAGAAAAUCCUCGCUCUGCAGAAUGGCAUGCAAAUCGAGCAGUCCUCUCCCAGCCAGGAGAACAGUGAGGAGAUGUUCCGCUCAGGCUUCCACGUCUGUGCCCAGGAGGUUUUACAGUACCUGGCCAACCAGGAGGGUGACGGAGACCUCACACCCUCCCACAUGAUCAACCACCUGCACAAGGUGGCCACUGAGAUCCUCCAGGGCCCUCCCCACAGCCCCUGGCCCGAAAAGACCCCCAGCCACCACCACCACCAGGCCCAGAGGGAGAAGCCUGUAGGCCAGCCCCCCAAGCCCAGCGAGGGCCACAGGAAGAACCGUGUGCCCGUCAUACAGCGGGCGUAUGCCCAGGUGGGCGGUGAGCAGAGCGGCAGUGAUACAGACACAGACAGCGGCUACGGUGGCGAGCAGGGUGAGCAUCUGGCGUCGCGUGCAGGGUACUACGGCCAAGAGAGCCAGCUGAAGAGAGCGCUGGGCGAAAAGCAGGAAGAUGAGCCUCACCACAAACAUGCCCGGGUGGAGUCAUCUGAAGACGAGUUUCUCUCAGGUGGAGAGUCAUCCUCAUCAUCCUCCUCCAGCGGUCACGGCAGCUACAUGAGCGUCUAUUCCCCCCACCAGGCCCAACCUCAUCCUCUCUGCAUGCCCUUCUACCUCAUCCCCCCUUCUGCUGCCGCAUAUCUGCCCAUGCUGGAGAAGUGCUGGUACUCUGGGGCCAUGCCCAUGAUCUACCCUGGCCUGGGGGGCUCCGCACAGGGCAUGCCUAGCGACACGCAUGCCCAACCUUCCCUGAUUACGAUAUCCCCCAGGGGGCACUCUCCCUCUCCCCCCACUGUGGCCCAGAGCCCCAUGGACUCACCAGCCCUCCUCCAAGCGUUAAAGCCCAUUAACCUGGAAACCAAAGACUGAGAGACCACUGAACAGUGUUAUUGAACAUAGAGACUGCUCUGCCGAGAGGGAACAUGGGGGAGAACAUGACUGACAGUCAGAUCACCCGCCACCACCCCUCUCCCCUGGUCCCUCACCCCAGAGGUCAGAAGACAGAAGGGAGACAGACAGAGAGCAUGCAGCUGAUCUGGUCCCGGACCGGUGAUGCAUCAUCCACAGCCACACUGCUGCGAAGAGAAGAAAGAGUGAAGGUGUAGAAUGAAGACAGCUCAACCUGUUACCUGACCCUCAACCCUCUGAAUGUUUGACUUAAAAUGCAUACCCCCACCAGAGCGCUGAGUGCACCAUUGACCCCACUGAUCUGGACCUGCCCUAAACACUCACCCUUGGUUGAAUGUAAAAGAGAGGAUAUCCCGUAGAUGCUGCUGUUGAGGUUUCUACAUGCUGAUAACACUGACAGGUCUCCGUUGUAGCUGCUGCCAUAGAGACACAUACCGUCCUUCUAAAUCAUGUUACACCUAAUGUCAACAGUCACCUUUCACCCAAAGGUCGCUGUCUAUCUACCUUAGGUAACCAUUGCCAUCACUGACAAUGCCCUUUGCCCCAUUUCCUAUGACAACAACAAGUGCUCUGACUAAAAUAAUGAUCCCCACAACUGUACAGCCAGGAGCAAAGGGUACGCCAAUUCCCACUUUAUGGAGUUAGUGAUGUCAUCACGUGACCAUGUCGAGUUGGCAAUUCACUGACUGUUGAGAUGGAUUAUCUGUCAUUAUUGUGUAUACUUCUUGUACAUCUCUAUUUUUGAUAUGUGUCCUAAUUCUCGGACUAGAGAGAGGGGUAGUUAGAGUGUGGAUAGUAAUUUUAGUGUAAAAUAAACCCUGUACAUACUGUAGCCCUGUGCUGGCCCUGGUCUGCGGUUUUCAGCAAUCCGCUUCUCCUUAAGUCAAACCUGGUGUUUGUUCAUGCUGUUGCCUUUUACUUGUGAAAAGCUGAUAAAAACAUCAUCAGAUGUUUAUUAAAUGUAUUUGUAUGAAUACUGCAGUCUAAGGAGUUGGCGAGAAGUGAAUGUAUACGUUUUAACAUAAUAUUUGUUUUCUAUAGAAAGAGGUACUUGGGACCUACCAGAAAGUUGUUGAUGUACAUACUUUGUCUAUAAAUGGUGAUAUACAUUAUAUAAGCGUAUUAAUAAAGUAUUUUUUUCCUGUG